AUGAAGAAUCCAAACAACGUGACUGAGUUCAUUCUUUUGGGCAUUACAGAGAACCCGGAGCUGCGGAAAAUACUCUCUGCGGUGUUUCUAAUUAUUUAUGUGUCCACAGUGUUGGGAAACCUACUCAUUGUGGUAACUGUGAUCACAAGUCAGAGUCUGAGAUCACCUAUGUAUUUCUUCCUUACUUCCUUGUCCUUCAUGGAUGCCACCUACUCUUCUGUCAUUGCCCCCAAGUUAAUUGUGGACUGUCUCUCCAAGACCACUAUCAUCUCAUUAGAAGGCUGCCUGACUCAGCUAUUUGCAGAGCAUUUCUUUGGUGGUGUGGGGAUCAUCCUUCUCAUCGUGAUGGCCUAUGACCGCUAUGUGGCCAUCUGUAAGCCCCUGCACUAUACAACCAUCAUGAGCUCUCGCGUGUGCUGUCUGCUGCUGGGAGGGGCCGGGUUGGGGGGAGUUUUCCAUGCAGGAAUACAGCUUCUCUUCAUGUAUCAGAUACCCUUCUGUGGUCCCAAUGUCAUUGAUCACUUUAUGUGUGAUUUGUUUCCCUUGUUGAAACUGGCCUGCAUGGACACGCACACCCUGGGUCUCUUAGUCAUCCUCAACAGUGGGGUGAUGUGUGUGACCAUCUUCCUUAUCCUCAUCACCUCCUAUGUGGUCAUCCUCUGCUCCCUGAAGUCUUGUAGCUCUGAAGGGCGGCGCAAAGCCCUCUCCACCUGUGGCUCGCACCUCACUGUGGUCAUCUUGUUCUUUGUGCCAUGCAUUUUCCUGUAUGUGCGGCCUGUGGCCACUUACCCCAUAGACAAGGCAAUGGCUGUGUCCUUUACCAUUGUUGCGCCCAUGUUAAAUCCAUUGAUCUACACCCUGAGGAACACAGAGGUAAAAAAUGCCAUGAGGAAACUGGUGAAACGAGGUACACUGGGUGUCAUUGGCUUACAGGCUAAGGACAGAUCUUUUUUACAGGGACAGUGAGAUCCUGCCAGUCCCAUUCACUCCAAAUAAUCAGGCACCCUGCAGCCAAUGACAUCCUUUAAGUGUGUAAAUCAGAUUAAGAUACUAUAAUGAAGUAGUUUCCUACCUCUCUAGUACAAUUGCUCCAUCCCUUUUCUUAUAAGACUCUGGGCACCCUUUUUGCUUUUUUCUUUUUAUUGCUUUUCUUUUUUUUCUUUUUUUUUUUUUUUAAUAAAUAAUUCAAUUCUGGUUUUCAAUAAUUCCGGUCCUGGUUCAGAGCUUUUGUUUGCUCUUACUCUGCUUGCUGCUAAACUUCUCUUUCCCAGAGCAAUUGCUUGGCUGCCUCCAUCUCAUUUUUUUUUUUUUUUUUUUCAAUUUUUACCUCCUUAUGGUGAAGUUUCCAUCUUUUUAAACAAGUGUCUCCUGAUGUCUUUCCUUGGGCAUUUCCCUUAGGUACUCUCUGCCUCUUCAUUCCUGGAUUCAUUCUACAUGUCCUCAUCUUGACUCAUGUCAAAAGAGAAGAAAAAGCCCAUGGCAGCAUAAAUAACUGUUGUUAGUAAAAAAAAUAGG